AUGGCCGAUGCACCUGAGAAGCAGCAAGAGCAGCAGCCGCCUGUGCCUGCCGAGGAAGCUCCUCUGGUCCUGCCGCCAAUCAACGAAGCAGUCGCUGCCAUCAUUGACGAGGCCAAGACGGGCGCGAGCACACCCUCGUCCAUCGGCGCGCAGUCCGACCAUGACAUUCUUUCCAAGAAGGUCACCCUUGCCGACCUAACCGCCAAGGCGACGGCCAUGUACGCGAGGAAGGAGUACGACGAGGCCGCCGAAGUCUUCGCCGCCGCCGCCGAACUACAGGCCGACAUCAACGGCGAAGAGAACCAGCCCGACAAUGCCGAGAUUCUAUUCCUCUACGGUCGCACACUCUUCAAGGUCGGCCAGACAAAGAGCGACGUGCUCGGUGGUCAGGCUGCCAGCAAGAAGGUUGAGAAGCCUCAGCCCAAGACCCCCAGAGCUCCCAAGGAGGCGCCGGCCGAGGCUGCAGCAGCAGAGGAUGCCAAGACGACAGAGCAGAAGGUGACACAGGAGGGUCUUGCUGUCGUCGCUGAGCAGACUGAUGGCGCGAAGAAGGCCGAGACGGUCGACAACAAGAAACCCCUGUUUCAAUUUGAGGGUGACGAGAAUUUUGAGGACUCGGACGAUGAGGUCGCCGAGGGUGAAGGUGAGGAGGACGGCGAGGAAGAGGUGGAUGAUCUGCAGGCUGCGUUUGACAUACUCGAAAUGGCGCGCAUUUCUCUUGAGAAGAAACUAGAGCAAGUGAAGCAACAAGAAAGCGAGGACCCGACCAAGGGCAAGGAGGUCUCUGAGGGCGAUAGCGGCAUCCUGAGACACGUCAAGGAGCGCCUCGCCGACACUCACGACCUUCUCGCCGAGAUCUCGCUGGAGAACGAGAGGUUCCCCGCCGCGGUUCGCGACUCUCGCAUCUCUCUGCAGUUUAAGAAGGAGCUGUACCCGCAAGAAUCGGAGGUCAUUGCCGAGGCUCACUUCAAGCUCUCUCUUGCACUAGAAUUUGCCUCGGCCACUACGACUCAGGAAGACGGCGCUGCCGAAGGCGAGCAGGCGCCCUUUGAUGAAAAGCUGAGGGAAGAGGCCAUCACAGAGUUGGAGGCCGCUAUUCAAAGCACCAAGUUGAAGCUUCAGGCAAAGGAGGUUGAGCUCGCUGAGAUGGCGAACCCUGAAGAGAACGUGGCAACCAAGGCUCAGAUCAGCGAUGUUCGCGACAUCAUCGACGACAUGGAGCAGCGCCUCACCGAGAUGCGCAAGCCUCAAGUCGACUUCAAAGCUGCCCUUGAAGCAGCUGCCGGCACUGCCAUCCAAGGUAUCAUGGGCUCAGCGUUGGGUGAGUCCGCGUCUGAGACGCAAGCUCGCGUCGAAGAGGCCAAGAAGAACGCUACCGACCUUACUGGCCUGGUCCGAAAGAAGAAGAAGGACGAUGACGCUCAACCUGCUGAGCAGACGAAUGUGCAGCGGAUCUAA